AUGGGCUGUUCUCCUGCAUUCAUAGGUGAAACUACGAAUAACAACGAUCAAGUACUUGUCAAUAAGUCCCAACAACACUUAAACGAAGAACAAAUUGAACAACUUCUCAAAGUACGAUUCAAUCGUUCGGAAAUUCUCGAGUGGUAUCGUAUUUUUAUGGAAAAAUGUGGUGCAAAUAAUAAUAAAUCAUCGUCAUCAUCAUAUUUGACAGCUCAUAUUCAUAAACCAACGUUUAUCGACUAUUUUAAUCAGUUACAUUCUAAUGGUGAUGUAAUUCGUUUAACAGAAAGUUUUUUUCGCAUCUACGAUCUCAACAGUGACGGCAUCAUUGAUUUUAUGGAAUUCAUGCAUGCUAUAAGUGUAAUACAAAGAGGUGACCUGACAGAAAAGCUCUCAUUUAUUUUUUCUUUAUUGGAUUCCAAUCAAGAAGGUUAUAUAGAUCGUUUAAAAUUAGUUAAAACAAUGGAAGCAUUAUACAAAAUUAAAGGAACAAAUUAUAAGGAUAGUUAUAAUGUUUUAUUAAGAAAAGUCGAUCACCUUAUAACAAGAUUAGAUGAUGAUAAAGGAAGAGGACGCAUUACGAGAUAUAAAUUUAUUGAAAGUUGUAUGAAUGAUCCGAUUUUAAAAGAUUUACUGAAUGCAUACAAAUAA